CUUUAUGUAGUUACAUAGAACCUUCACUUCUCUUUUACUUUCUUCAUUUGUCCUCUUAUUUCUUGUCAUUUAAUGACCAAUAUUUGUCAUCUUUAUAAAGCUCAGUUAUCUCAAAUACUCAUUUGCCAUUUGAACCUUUACAUAUGUUCUUGUUUUCAGACACUCCCAUUAGUGCCGUUGGCAUAACUUUUCUCAUAAAUAAAAAAAAAAAGAUUGUAAGUUUAUGCACUUUUCUUAGUGAAGAAUACCAAAAUGGAGAAAGUUAAAGCUUGGGAGAAAAAGACACUGAUCACUGAGCUUACUCAGGGGAUGGAGUUUGUUAACAGGCUAAAAAGCAAGAUUGAUCCUUUGGCUUCACCAGAGGAAUGCGAUUUACUACUUGAAAAAAUACUUUCCUCCCUUGACAAAUCAUUGUCAAUUCUGAAUUUGAAGGCUUUUAAUGUAAUUAGAGAACCUUAUUGGUGUUCAAAGAAUGAGGUUUCUGACUUGGAUUAUUAUUCAAGGGAUCAAGGCAAAAAUAUGGUCUUUAAGAAAAGAAAGUUAUUGCAGCAAUGGAGUAAGCAAGUUAGGAUAUCUGGCAUAGAAGGUCCUAAUUACGAUGAUGGCUAUAGUUGGAGAAAAUAUGGACAGAAAGAUAUUUUAGGAGCCAAUCAUCCAAGGGCUUAUUACAGAUGCACUCACAAGAAUACACAAGGCUGCUUAGCAACAAAACAAGUCCAACAAUCAGAUGAAGACCCUUUAGUCUUUGAGGUCACAUAUAAAGGAAAGCACAAUUGCAAAGCCUCACAAUCAGUAGACAUUUCGGAAGAAAACCAAAAGGCAAAUUAUAACAAGAAUCAAUAUCAGCUACAGAAACAGAAAGUGGGAAAUCAAAAUGUUGAAAAAUUGAAUAUUAUCAAAGAAGAAACUUUAUCAUUCACACCACUAAAAUCAGAAAGUGAAAAAUCCCAAUUCUUUGCCAAUUCAAUGGAUCCAUUUACAUCUCCAAUAACCUCAGAAUCCUUAUACUUGCCAUUGUUUCCUACCCAAGAGGAGGAGCUUGAAAUGGACCAGAUUCUGCAGAGCUCAAAAUUGAGUCAUAUUGAGUUUAGUACAACACCAACUUCAGUAAUUAAUUCGCCCUUUUGUGGGUACUCGGAUUUAUCAGUGGAUGAUCAAGUUGAUAAUAUUUAUCCUAACCUGAUGAUUGACAUUUCUGAAUUUUUCACCUAAUGUGAGAGUAGUGGCGGUAUCGGAAUACAUGUAAGGCGACUCAAAAUAUACUUGUAGUACCAUAUUAGUCCUAGGAUUUGAACCUAUGGCAUAGUAUUGGGUCAUAUUGAGUUUAUUUUGACUCCAACUUCAGUCAUUAAUUCGCCAUUUUAUUAGUGGAUGAUCAAGCUAAUAGGCAUACAACACUACUGUGCAAGAUGCUUCAAUUUUGUAACAUGUGAUCUUAUAUUAGAUUCUGUAGGCUCCCAUCUGUUGCAAA